AUGGUGUGGGCAAUCUUGGAAACAAUUGAGGAUGAAACUGACGAGAAGAAGAAUGUGAUGUUGGUGGCGGCAGAAGAGAGACAGUCAACCCUAUUGGAGCAAUUCAAGAAGAACCCAGCCAUCUGGAAUCGGAAGCUUCACCAUGCAUCCGACGUCCAUGGCAAUACUGCCCUGCACUUGGUCGCCAAGCCUUCUCGUCAUAGGCUUAUGGAUACGUCUGUCCUUCACUUGCAAUGGGAAAUCAGCUGGUUUGAGUAUGUGAAGAAAAUGAUGCCGCCGGAGUUCAUUAAACGGAAAAAUAAGGAAGGCAAAACGCCGGUGAUGGUCUUCGAGGAGGAACACCAUGAUCUGGUGCAAAAAAGUAACCAAUGGAUGAAGGACAUAUCCGGAAAUUACAUAGUGGCGGCGACGCUUAUGUCCGGCGUUACCUUUGGAACGUGCUACCAGAUCCCGGGAGGCUACGACGAAGGCAACGGCAGGCCGAUUGUAGGCAACCGUUAUGAAUUCCUCAUAUUUGUUAUCACGGCACUGGUUUCCUUUGGCUCCUCCGUCAUUUCCCUCGCCGCCUUUCUCGCCAUUUACAGCUCUCAAAGUGAUCGGCCCGAUCCCUACCGAAGACAUCUGCCGCGGACUCUGUGCUUGGGUUUAUCUUCUCUGUUUCUCUCAGUUUUGACCAUGUUGAUUUCUUUCUGUGCUGCGCAAACCUUUGAACUUGUUGGCCCCAUAAACAAGUUGUCUGUGUAUGUCCCCGCGUACGUUGGCUUGGCUUUGAUCCCUCCCUACUUUUACGGGGCAACUCAAUUUCCACUCCAUCGGCGUCUUCUCAAAGCUAGUUUUUCUCGUGUGCCACUCUCCAGAGGUAGAGGAGAAGAACAAGAAGAAGAAAGAUAA